AUGAAUUCAAAAUAUACCAGGAUAUUAGUGUUCAUAAUUUUAGUCUUUAUAAUAUUUAAAACCUUUCGUCAUUUUCUUCCUGGCCAUAUGUCCAGAUAUGAAGACAUUUAUGAUGUAAAUGAAAAUGGUUUGGAAAAAGUUAAAGUGUCUGUGUAUUAUGAAGCAUUAUGUCCUGAUUCAAAGUUUUUCAUUACGUUUCAAUUGCUUCCAGUCUAUAAAGAUUUAAAGGAUUACUUAAUCUUGGACCUCGUACCAUAUGGUAAAGCACAGACCAUCGAAGUUGAUGGACAUAUAAAGUUUCAUUGUCAGCAUGAUGAGGUAGAAUGUUUCGCCAAUAAAAUACAUUCAUGUGCAAUAGAACAUGUCAAAGAACCCUUAUUGCAACUGAAAUAUAUCGCCUGCAUGAUCACUGAUAACAUGAUACCAGAUGAUGCUGGUGAAAAGUGUGCCCAACAACUGAACAUUGAUUUCAGUCCAAUUUCUGAAUGUGCAAAAGAUACUAAAGGAUCUCAGCUCUUAAAAAUGUAUGGAGAACGAACAAAUUCCCUAAAUCCUUCAGUUCGCUUUAUUCCAACUAUAGAAUUAAAUAACAGCCAAGUUGUGAUCCCUCAAUCUACUAUAUUGAAAGACCUCUCUAAGUCUGUAUGCCAGGUUUUCAAGAACAAACCAAAAAGAUGUGGAUAAAGUUAGUGGUUUCAAAGCGGACAAAAAAAUUACUUUUUGCGUUAGUGAUAAUGUAUAUGUUGUAGAAUUGAUUUAUACGAACAAAUUAAUUAUUGUUUUAUACAUAUAAAUACACAAUAUCAUAAAUGUAGUUUAUAUAACUUUCAAAUACAAUUAUAUUUUUUAAUACAAUA